AUUAGGAGGUACAAACAAAAUCUCUUUCCUCGAAUCAAUAGCCCUGUUUUCAUGAAAAUUUAUGAUAAGUAGGUUGUAAGCUUGAUGUUGCGUGAAUGUGAUCUCCGAUCGACCCACGAACAUGGCCGGCUUGGAGGUAUUUUGUUGAAACUUUUAUCACAAAGAAGCAACUUAUCACGGACCGAACGUUCUGAUUUGCAGUUCUAUGGGUUGUGGAACUUCGAGACCUCCUGUUGUAAGCACUGCACACAAACCACAAGCCGCACCAAAACCUUUGAAGGCUGACGAGGAGCAAGUCAAGCCUGCGGAACCUCAAAGAAUCGAACAGACUCAAACUCGACCGAAAAGCGAACCCCAGCACGAGCAUAUCGACAGCAGUGAGUUUUUUUCGCUAUCUUACGAAGAAGUUGCAGCGUUACGACCCUCCGAUCCAGAAGACAUGUGGGCAGUUGUUAAAAAGACCUGUGACAGAAACAGAGAAUGGAAGCUCGAUUCGGUGAAGAAUCGACGGGGUUGGAAAACGAUUAGGCUAUUUGUGUCUUCAACUUUCCGAGACUUUCACGCAGAGAGAGAAGUCCUUGUCAAAGAGGUCAGUGCAAUCCCUUUUAGUGGUGUAGUAAAACUGACAAUGGCAAGAUCGAAUGAGUAGAUUGAAAGUGUAGGCUUAAUCUAUUUAGUUUUUCCUUGUUAUUUGUUUAUCAACGACGAAGAUUGUUGAUCUUAUUGAAGCUCACAAUUACUUCCAAUCAUUUAUACAUUCAAAUUGCAGACACUGCAGUUUCAUUAAUGUAGGCUUAAAUAAACUGAAAUCAAACCGAAAUCGGCACGAGUUAGAAAAGUCUCAAGUAACGGAUGUGUACAUGGUUUAAGGUUACAGUUUCGAAAGAGGUCACGUUUAAUUUUUAUCGCAACACUUCAAGAGCUUGUGUUAAAAGCGAUUUUGUCACAAAAAAAAUAAACCUAUCUUUUAAUGCAUUGGAGAAGUAUUUAAACCCAUAUAUUAAAGGCAAGUAUCACAUUAGCUUGCAGAUUAUAUUAUUAUUAUUUUUUAUUUAUGCCUCCAGAAAUAUUUUAGAGCCUUAAUAUGCUAAAGUUAAAUGAUGUCUGUUCGGCCUCAAUCAUGUUUCUUUGUUCGUAAGAUACAUAAUAAAACUGAUACAUUUGGGUAGCAAAUACUCAGGUCUAAGACAUUCUUUACCCUCUCAUUUUACUGUACCUUAAAAAACAUGCAAACAUUUAAGUUUAAAAGUCAACUGCACAAUAAUAAUAUUAUUACAUUUUUGCAGCUGUCAAUCAUUAUUACAGUAAAAAACAACAAACCUUGAAAUACAGGAACACACAAAGUGUAUCAAAAUCCACCCAUCACCUAGCCUGCGAGAGCAGAUGCCUUUUUUGGUUCUUGAUCCACUCGUUUAUUUCUUUGUGGGUGAAACAAGAGCCCAAAAAGGCGUCUGCUCUUGCAGGCUACCAACCAUAUUGAGUUUUUUAACAUGCUGUAGUAAACUUCUGUCUUCUGAGAGGUCUGCUAAGAUGAUUGAUACAGCAGUGUAGUAGCAAAGAGCACAAAUGUUGGUUGGCUUUUUAACUGCAGAGUUCACAGGCUAUUGAAAGUCAUACAUGUCAUAAGCUAAAAAAAAGCCUUAAGCACAUGUGCAUGGGUUUCCACAGAAAAUAUAAUCCUUUUAUUAGCACUUGGAAAUUAGAUAUUUAACCUCUCUUCAGGGAAGGAUGGGUGAGUCCCUUCAGAUAUCAGGUAUUAUUAAAAACUGAAUCAUUGGUUAAUGCAAUUCUAGAGCUCUGAUUGGCUAAGCCAUCAUGGUAUAUGAGCCAUUAUACCAUGCCUUUCAAAUAUGCUAACUGUACGUGUCUGCUCAAAAUUAAAAACAAGCUGAAAAUCGGUUGUUUUUACAAACAAAUUCGGGAAGAAUUCUCAACAUUUUGUAGUCGUUUUUAAUAAAACAAUUAUUCCACUCGCGCUUAUUGGAUAUCUACCAUCUCGUAUCCAACGCACACCCAUGGAAUAAUAUUGUUAAUUAUAGGUCAGGCAAAGCAAAGUGUUCUAAGCUCAAUACCCAGCAGAAAAAAAGAACACUUUGUACAACAUUGCAUGAAAAGUUUGUUCAUAAAGAGUAGAAGAUGUAGACAUGGUAUUGUGAAAAAGAACUUGAGCUUAUUUGCCUCUAUACAUGUCCAACUCAGCCUUAAUUUAAGCUACCUUGUAUAGAUAACCUUCUUUAUCAACUAACGUGGUAAUGAUGAUGAUGUUGAUGAUGAUGUCAUGUUCAUGCAGGUAUUUCCUGAUUUACGGCUUUGGUGUGAGCAGAGAAAACUUCACCUUGUGGAAUGUGACUUAAGAUGGGUAAGUGAAGAUUAAUAAAAUAAUGUUAUUGUCUUUCAGCAUUUUUGUAUGACUUAAAAGUUCUCUAAAACUAUGCAGUCAAACCUCGAUCUCCACAACGGCAACCUUAUAGGGAAAGGAAAAAGUGGCAGUUGUGGAGAGGUGGCCAUCAUGGGGACGUAGGGGUGUAAAAUGAGAAUUUUUUUUUAGGGUGCACAACAUGCUUAUUGUGCUAAUUUCAUGAUUACUGCACAGUGUCCCAUAAUAUAAUGGUAAUCCAGUCAUGAAUAAUAUGUAGAGAUAAAAUGCACAAAAAGCUUGAAUUAUGUUUUGAAUAAAAAUGUUAAAAAUGUGCAUAAGACAAGACAAGACAAGAUGAUUUAUUAAACUUAGCUCAGUUUUACAUGACAUAAUAAUAGGUUAAAUUUACAUAGGCAAAUAAACACAGUACAACUAAGGAAUAAAAGAAAAAUUGUAACAACAAAAUAGAGAGCGAGUUGGGAUCAUCCAAAUAGCAAAGGCUAAUCUAGUGGAUGACCCCUGCAAUAAAAUACAAUUACCAACAGAAUUAAGAAUAUAUAUUUUUUUAUAUGCACUAAGGCAGAUAAUUAAUUAGAAAAACAAUUGAGGAUAGAGUUCUUAAGGGUUUUACGAAAUAUUCUAAGACAAAGCGAACAAGGUUUGCCACAUUUGCUAGAAAUAUCGUAGACAAUUUAUGCCUACUGGCAUUAUAAAUAAACAAAAUCAAAAUAUGUUUGUCAUGGCUAACAUACCAUAUGGAUCAAAUUUCAUGACCAUUCUUAACUUUUUCAUCAGUCGCUGGAAAAAACUGGCCAUUGUUGAGGCAGUUAGGGACACACGUUUGUGGCCAUUGCUGUUGUAGAGAGGGUUAUAAAUAACAGGGCUUCUGAUAGGUCACGGAAGAAAAAGUCAAAUUUUGUGGGAUUUUUAGAGACCAAUUCAGAGAAAAAUUGGCCGAUUUCGUGGGAAUUUCGCGGGAGUUUCAGGGCAAACUUCACCAAAAAGCAAUCAGUAAAAAACGGCCAAUUUUGUGGUUAUUUUCAAGGCAAAUUUCACUAGAAAGCGAUCGGUUUUGCACUGAGCAGACCAGCAUUUUUAACGUUUUUCUAACAGAGGUCAUCAUUUGCUCUGUCAACAACAAUAUGCCCCAGAAAUGAACCAAUGGCAAAGCCAUCAUGGCUAGUGCCCAGUUUUUCGCAACAUAAUCUACACCUGGUAGUUUCGGGACGUUGUUUGCACGUUUCAGUGACGAAGUUCCAAGAUAAAUUUGCAAGUUUCCGGCAAGUAGUAAACAGCCCCUAUAGCUGAAAUAAGUUUCAAAUAUGUUUUACAGACAUGUAUUUGAUAAGAUUCCUACCGAAUUUUUGCGGUAUUUUUCAUGUUUUUGUGAAUUUCGCGGGAUUUAGCGGAGUUGAAUUUCGCAGCUCCGCGACCACGCAAAAAAUCAGAAGCCCUAAAGUAAGAGUCAAUGUAUGGACUGUCCGCUGGGACAAAAUGAAGUGGUCGUUGUAGAGAGGUGGCCGUUAGUAGAGGUUCGUCUGUGUCAAAGACAUGAGAAGCAUACAUCCAUGUAAUACCGUAAAAUUCCGAAAAUAAGCCCCUUGGCUUAUAUUUUUCAAAGGCCCGUUUUGAGGGGCUUAUUUUUGAAGGGGCUUAUAUUCGGAGGGGCUUAUCUACGGAGGGCAAUUUGCGUUUCAAAAUCGAUUGGGCGAGCCGUAUAGUUGGAAGUAAAUUUACCAUGUUUGCUUUGUUUUACUUUGUAUUUGAGGGCAAUUUUCCAAGUACAAGCCCCUGGGAGGCUUAUAUUUGAAGGGGCGAUUUAACGGGCGGUUUUUUGCGUUACCGGAUUGGGGGGCUUAUAUUUGGAGGGGCUUCUACAUGGAGGGGCUUAUUUUCGGAAUUUUACGGUAUGUAAUAUGUUACUUACAGUGUGAAGAAGAGUGGAUUAUUUAAGGUAAAUGGUUUGUCCUCAGGUAGGGAUAUACAUCCCCAUACAUAACGUACUGAGAACCCACUCCUCCCAGGGCCAAGCUCCCUCUACUUGUUAAAGUGCUUAUGAUAUCUUUUCUCUCUCUUAGGGAGUUCCCAAGGAUUCUACAACUGAAGAAACGAUCAAGAUUUGUCUUGGUGAAUUGGAUCGCUGCUAUGAAGAUAAUGUGGUUCCAUAUUUUCUUAAUCUUAACUGGUAAGUAUAUUAUUUAGAAGUAACAGCGAUUUUCAUUUAUAAAGUUGAAUUUCAAUUUACCACUCCUCCAUUUUGUUCUAAAUCAAUAAUUAUUAUGUUGGUCAGUUUGAAAUCAAUUGUACUUUUCAUUGUUCUUUUUUGACUGAAAUAGAUACAAAUUUUAAAAAUUGAUUUUUAAGUGUACUUGCAUGGAUUGCUUUGGUAGGCAGCAUUUCAGUUUACUGAUAAUUUAGAUUAAAUCCUUCUGACCUGCAUGUCUUUGUUUAUAUAUAGUGCCCGUGCAGGGUGGAUACCAACAUUUGGUGACUUGACGUACAAUUUAGCUGUACAAUAUGGCUGGGUUUAUGGCUUAUCACUCACUGAGAUGGAAAUUGUUCAUGGAGCCUUCAGAAAAUGCAAUCCUAAUGGUAGGCAAUAUUAUUGUGAUGUUCAAGACAAUUGGGUGCUAUUGAUAUUUUUGUGAUAUUUAUUGGCCUUUCUUUAGUUUAUUAUAAGUGGAUAAACUAAAUACCAGUCUGAACUGGAAUGUUUGUCAAGUAAACAUUUAACUGUAUAUAUUGCUUUAGCAUGAGAUCUUUAAGUAACAACACCAUGUACAUGAAAUAUCCAAAGGCAUGCUCUUAAAAGUUUCAUUUCUAUCUUAAGUAAUAUUGUUUAGUUUCUAUAUAUUGACGCCUACACCUGUACAAUGCUUUUUUCAGCACUUUUUUUAAUCAGAGAUUCAGAGUUCACUGAGACCUUGCCAGAGGAGAUCAAAGAUGCAUUUGUAGACGGCAAUGAUAUAUGUACAGAAAAGAUGAAAAAGCUCAAAGAAGCACUGAAAGAGCAUUUUCCCGUAUGUAUCUGUGUAGUGGUAUAAUUAUGUUGAGGUUAUUAAAUGGGAGUUUAUAUUAGUUGAAAAUGACCCCUCCCUCCUUCUCCCCAAAGCAGCUCUCAAGGAAACUGGUAGCUUCCUGGUACUGUUGGAAGAGCUAAUUGCAAAACAAGGAAGUAGUAAUGAUAAUGAUAAUGAUAACAAUAGCAAUAGAGUUUCCAAGACGAGCAAGACAUCCUGCAGAGUAAUAUCACAUUGUUAUCCCAUUUUCUCCCUAAGCUAAUGGUCUAACUUCAUUUUAACUUUUAAAAAUUCUACAGGCAGAAAACCUUGUUCACUACAAAGUUGACUGUGAGCCAUCCAGUGUUCAGAAAAGUGCAGCGUUAGGAGAUGAGAGGGAAGUCAGACUUAAAGGAAUAAGUGGCUCAGACACAACUUUUUACAAAACGGUGAGUAGGAAUUCAUAGAUCUGUUACAUAAAAAUAAACAUUGAAGCAUAAAAAAAAUAUAAACAUCAAAAAUAUACAGUGGACAAAAGAGAGAUUUGAUUAUCUGCGUGAGCGAAGUGCAAAGUAAUUAGAAUUAUCUCAUAGUCUGUUCUGGGUUCAAAUGACUGCUGGUCAGUGGUAAGCAGUCCUCUUAUUUAAAAAAUGGCUAAGCUCAGCCUUAGCACGUACGAAUUUGUUGAAUAUGUCUAGUUUAAAGCUUAAAGUGCUUAUCACCUGUUAUGAAAUGGUUAUAAGACUUCUGCUGAUUACCAUGGUGAAACUUUGUCUCAAGUACCAGAAAUAGGCCAUUUUACAGUUGUGUGCUCAGUGCCCUGGCCUUUGAAUGGAAGCGAGGCUGGCGGUGACCUUGUUUGCUACAAACCUUCUUGUUUUUCAAAUGUAAAUGGUCAUGUUCACGGGCUUGUUAGCAUGAGAAUACCACGAUUUACACUUGAAAAGCAGGCAGGUUUGUAACAAAACAAGGUCACCGCCAGCCUCAUGUCUAUUCAAAGGCCAGGGUACUAAGCACACAACUGUAAAAUGACCUAUUGUCAUGUAAUAAUUACCCUUUGAAAACUUGGAAAUGUCUCAGACAAAACCGUGCAAAGUUUUCAUUUGCAAAAUACCAAGUAAUAUGUAUGAAAUAUGCAUCUCAUUUCAUACAGUAUUCUUUGAAGGAAAACAAGAGGUGAGAUAAAAAAAAUACUGGAAAAGGGUAAAUUAGUGCCAGUCCAUAGAAGAUUUAAUAAUUAGCUUGCAUCCAAGAUUCUUAAAAGAGUAUGACCCCUCAACAAACCCCACCCCAAAAUAGGGUUUGCUUUAUUUUAUUGAAGUCAAUAUCCCAAAAACAAGUAGUGCUUAUUGAGUUUUAACCAUGUUAUUGUUAUUGCUGUUGUUGUUGUUUUUGAGUUAAAUUUCAAAUCAAAGGAGACAGACAUGCACAUGACCUUUAAAUAAAACUACAUUUUGUGGCAUUUUUUUUUUAAUGGUGCUGUCAAAUUCAACAUAGCAAAGAAUAAAGGGAAAUACCGUAAAAUUCCGAAAAUAAGCCCCUCCAUGUAUAAGCCCCUCCAAAUAUAACCCCCCCCAAUCUGGUAACGCCAAAAACCCUCUGUUAAAUCGCCCCUCCAAAUAUAAGCCCCCCGGGGGCUUGUACUUGGAAAAUUGCCCUCAAAUACAAAGAAAAACAAAGCCAAAACGGUAAAUUUACUUCCAACGGUACGGCUAGCCCAACUGAUUUUGAAACGCAAAUUUCCCUCCGUAGAUAAGCCACUCCAAAAGUAAGCGCCUCAAAAAGUGCCUUUGAAAAAUAUAAGCCCCAGGGCUUAUUUUCAAACUUUUACAGUAUUGCAUAUUACUGCGUUAUGUACACAUAAAAAGUUUAAAAUAAGUAGCCCCCUCAAAUGAAUCCUGCAUAAACAAGUAGAAGAAAUAGAGUACGUUACAUGGCCGCUUGCAGAUACAAAAAAGAGAGAAAUAUUUGUCAACACGAGAAGGGAAAUUUUGUAUCUUCAAGCGGCCAUCUAAUGUUCUGUAAACACCAAUAAAAUGCCAAACCAUUUACCUUAAAUAUUUCUUUGCUGCGACAGGCACGAUUUAUUAUGUAGCCAUAGCAAAAUAGCAUGUUAGAUGUUAUUUUCACGUGUGAAGAUAUCAUGUUUUCGUGCGAAAGCUCACCUUGUAUUUCAUUGAUGUUUAUAUAACAAAUUGAGUUAUUAAAAAGUGAGAAUUGGAGUCAGGAUACUAGCGUGCAAAUAAAGUGGACCCGUCCAAUAUUUGCUAUCAGGCUUGCGAUGAAGUGUUUUGGGGGAAAUUCAAAUUAUGGAAGAUUUGUAUUCAAUCCUGCUCAUCUAAGAAAUUUUCGGGCUGGUUAAAAUGACUCUUGGUCUAGUACAUGGGCGUGCUUAAGCUAAGCUUGCCUGAAUGGCAAGCUGUAAAACUAACUUUCUUUGCACUGGCUGCAGAACAUUCGGUCAAACAUAAGUUAGGAAGUAUUUACGAUAUUGUUUGUGUUUGAUAGGUGUUUGAUUUUUUCCGUGAUCGCAUUGAGCACCAGUAUCCUCUUGAUCCAACACCUGAGGAUCCCCUGGAGGCACAAAAAACAGCACAUGAGGUUUGAACUGCACCUUCAGCAUGAUCUUCACCUUGGGGCCUGUUUCUUGAAAGUCCUGGAAACUUUUUGAGCCAUGAAAGAUGUGUUUUGCUUGUUGUGUUUGCAUUCACGAUCAAAGUUUCAGUAUAAUUUUGAAAGUAAUGCAAUGAAACUAUCAGUUAACGAAGCAAAAUUGACUGGUGUCGUGAGCUAGGAACUGUGCUACUAUUCAAUAGGUUGUGAUAUUAAUUAAAAUUUGUCUUCGAGCCCAAAAAGUUUUCAAGUCUUUGGAGAAAUGGGCCCCUGGUCAAGCCAGGGCUUAACCCAGCCUCCCACGUAAUGGCUGUGCUCUAAGAAGAAUUGAAGGGGGUCCAGUGCUUGGAACCUGUGAAAUCCUGGGUGACCUGUUUACGCAUUUUAUGAAAAGAGCAAAAAUUAGAUGCUAUGGGCCACCAGGCACUGCUGGAGCACAACCCUGCACCUAGGAAACCUAUAAUAACCUGUAAGCCAACUGAGCUAACCAGGCCAGAUGGUAAUGUGCAGCUUUACCACCAUCGGCUUUACUGGAAACAUGUUUUGUUGGAUUAUUUCUGUUAAAUUAUUAGUUACAGACACAAUGGACCGACAGCUUAUACUGAUUAGCCUUUUUCAGGCAAUGAGGUGGAGUGAUUAUUAGACUGCUUGGAGUCCGCCUUUUCUCUUAAAAUCCAUCUAGUUCUUAUCUGAGCCAGCACGAUUGCAAACCACGACGUCAUGUUACAAUAAGGGACUGGGACCAGACGAUUGUCAGCCUCGUUUAUAGCGACUUUGUGUUUCGCUAAAAUUUCGUCGUUUUUCUGUUGUUUUUUCAGUCAUUUUUAGAUACUCGUGGACAAGUGGUUCUUGGCAGAGAUAAAAUACUUGCAGAAGUAAGUUGAUUGCCAUUUAAUGUUACCAGAUUAAAAGUAUGUUGUUUAUAUGCAUAAAUUUCUUAAUUCUGUCAGGAAAAGGUGUAUUGUAUUUGCUAUUUGGUGCGUUUCAGUAUGUGUUCAGAUUCUUCGAAAUUUAUUCUUCCCAUCAUGUUUUUUUCCAAAUAUGAAUUUUUGUAGGGGAAUUUCAAUGAUCGUAAAAAUAUUUCAUGCCAUCCCUUCUGCAUCUGUAAUAAUUCAAAUGUUUAAUUUGUCACUGCAUGUUUUACGCAGUUUGAAAAUAUACUGAGCUUUAUCGUAAGAACAUUGAAGCAAAGGAAACUUUCUGUUUUCAGAUACGUAACUACAUAAUGAAUGACGAGUCCAAUGCCCCACUGCUGCUCAUUGGUAACGCAGGCUCAGGAAAAUCAGCUAUAAUGGCAAAGAGUGCAAAUGAUGCUUUGGCGAGUGCUCAAGGAGGAGAGCUUAUGGGAAAAAAGUAAGGAAUUUCGGGAAAGUCUUCCCUUUCCUUGUUUUACAAAGAAUUUGACUACAGUAGCAGUGUAACAAUAACGUCAAUAAGAAAGGAGUGGGGCGAGGUGAAAAAAAAAAAAAGAUUGUUUCUUGCGGCUUGUGGCUUCGCUGCUCGCCCUUUGUAUGUAUGUACUGUAUUACGCUUGCUACUCCAGAGAAUUGGAAAACAAAAACAAGACUUUGCUCACAGCCUAAUACUUUUAAGGCAAGAAAAACACUAUAAUAGGGACCUUACGAUCCGAAAACGGCGACGUCCAUGAAAACGUUGUUGAAAAGAAGACUUUGUAUCUUUUCAAACUUUUUCACGAUUUUGCCAAGUCGCCCAGUUACUAAAAAGAAGGGAAUUUAUGUUGGAGCUGAAGAGAAGGGAACAAGCCUGAGUUUAGACAGAUACGGUAGAAUUUGUCGCCUUGCCAUUCCCUUUCUCAAGUAAAUUUACAGUUUGGCCAUUUCACAAUGUAGUUGUACAGGAACGUCAAAAAAAUUUACCAUUUAACCUAUGGCUUUUUUGACGUUUCCGAUGCCGUCACCGUCGUAGUUUCGUAAGGUCCCUAAUGACAGUUCCUGACCUUGUAUUUACAGCAGUACGCUGCUGAACAGUUUGAGAUGCUAUUUUGUUGACUCUGACUAAUUUAUGUCCAAGAUGUCAUUUUAAACUUGUACGAAAAAGAAGCAAAAUUGUAGCGGCAAUAUUCGUUGUAAGAUUGCUUUGGAUGAUGUGAAAAUUGACACCUUGAAUGUUACUUUGUUAUUUGCAGGAAUUGUAAGGUGUUUUUUCAUUUUGUUGGUGCCACUCCGGGUUCUACUGAUUUAGCGUUCUUUUUGCAACGACUGUCGAGAGAAAUCAAUGUAUCCAAGGUGAGCAGAAUGACACACUAUUAAAACAGUAUUUAAUCCUGUAGUACAUUCAUAAUAACAUGACAUGCUUGAAGUUAACAUAAGGGCUAGCUGGAGAGUAAAAUGUGAACAAUCCCCAAUAUCGAAACGACUGGUUACCGGGCUCACACUUCAAUAGCCGGGGGAAAUCCCAAGUCCCCGAAUAAAAAUUCCAGUUGCCUUUAGAAAUGCGAUAAUGGUUUUGUGUGAGAAAUCUGUACAGUAUGAACUCUGAAAAGAUUUUAACAUUUGAAACUAAUAUGAGUUUAUUAUUGUUUUUUAGCGUGAUGUUGUCAGUGACCUGGACUCCCUUGUUCAACUUACCAACAGUCUUCUAUCCAACAAGAACACUAAGCCAUGUGUGGUGUUUGUGGAUGCUAUUAAUCAGGUACAGUUCACACAAGUUACAUUGAGUAGCAUCGCUUUACCUUGGGAUAUUCGUCUGUCAAGAUGUCUGUGUGGGUUGGGUUUGUUGUUGGUUCUUCUCUUACUUUGAAAGGAUUUUAGACUGGAACUCUAAUUUCGUCUCCAUUAAUACCCUGGGAAUAUUUCACAUAAACUUGUUAAACGAAUUCUUAGAAGCUACUUGGAGUUUGUUGAGUACAAAAUUACAGAUAUCUUUUAUAAAUGACAUUUUUUUACCCGUGAGUAGUCUUUUUUUCUGAUCUGUCGGAGAGAGUAGAUGGAACGAAACGCGCAAUCGUUUGCUAUAACGCUUAACAUACCAGCUCGUAAAAUAACCCUUUUCUAGUACCUUUAUGGUAUUAAGGAAUCAAAUUAAAACUAGAAGGGCAGCGGAUGUGGGUGCUGGGCGCGGCCCUGACCGAAAAAGGAAAAGGUUGAAAUAAACGAAAAUUGAAAUAAAACGUGUUUUUGUAUGAAAAAGAGAUGCCAAGAGUGCUGAAAAAAAAAAUUAAAGGAAAGAAGGGUAGAAUCAUUUUAGAAUCGUCUCACAAGACUCGAUUAUUCACUCAGGUAGUCAAAGGGUUAAGAGCAAUAAGAGUCCUUUAAGUUGCGUUGCGUAGUUGAGGAAAUCAUAGUCGUGAAGAUUUAAAACAAGCGGUCCUCAUUUCCCCUUUUGUCCUGCUGGUAGCUUCACGAUUCUUAACAUGGUUGUUUGCAACACAAUUAUUUACAUUUUUAGAUGGACGAUGACAAAAUCCAGUAUUUGACCCGUUGGCUUCCUGAGAAUCUCUCUCCUAAUGUCAAGGUUGUGCUGUCUAUGAUAAACGACACUGAAUGUCACCGACUGCUCAGAUCUUAUAAAUCUGGACCCCAUGAAAUCACCUGUGGUCAACUGGAUUAUCAUUCUAGAAAGGUAAUGAAUAAAUACAUGUAAUAGGUCUUCACUGUUGCUAAGUUAGUGUCCUUUGUAAAAGUGACUAUUCGUUCAAUGAUUCUUAUAUUGCCAAAAGAAGGCAAAGUCAACAACUUUCCUACAAUUCGUGACAUUAGAACUUGGGUCAAUUGAAGGAAUAACGUCGACAAGCUGUGCUCGACGUCCUUUUCCCUCCUCCUUUCAAUGUUGUGCUCGAACUUGGACAAUUCGACCGAAAAACCAUUACAAAACAACAUUGGAAGGGAGACUGGCAGGUACCAGAGCAGUGUGACCCAAGUUGAGUGUCCUUGAUUGUAGCUUCAUUUUGUAGAAUACUGAAAACUGGAUUGCGCACCAUGACAGUACUGCCAAAGGGAACGGGACUGUAUUUCUGACAGUAAGGUGACCAAAAUAAGGAAUCAAAUUUGGCUGUGUUAUGUUUUUCGAAUUCAGGAACAGAAAAAUAAAAUGAAUGAAGUGUUGGUAAAAGAGGAUCGUGUGGGGAGCAGUGAAAUGUUCCUUUGCAUCGAAUUUGGAAAUGCUGGCCCUUAAUAGGGCGCACCAAAGAGAUUUAUUGUACAUUAACACUGUAGAACUAUGUAUGGACACACGAACAAGGUCUUACAAUGAAAAACCUCUCGUCAUGGGUGGUCAUUCGUAAUAAUAAGCGUUUCUUUUUUCCCUUUCUCAGCUUAUUGUUGAGAACAUUCUGCGGCAAUACAACAAGCGGCUGGAUGAGAGACAGAUGUCUAUGUUGUUAGAGAAGGAAGGAUCUGCAAACCCCCUGUGGCUAACACUGGCUUGCGAGGAGCUGCGAGUUUACGGAGUGUUCAAUAAAAUGGACGAGAAGAUUGCAAGCCUUUCUGACGAUUUAAUCAGGUACUUUGGGUUUCUUUCUUGAUUUUGCUGUACGUACUUCGGUAGGUACUUCUGUUCUACUUAGCCUUUAAAAUGGAAGCUGUAUGAUUGGUAGGUUUAGCAGUGUGUUUCGAUUAACACACUGUUAAAACCUGGACUUCGUCUAAAGAAAAAUUUUUUUGAAAGUAUUCUCGGUUUCCCCUCUCCUAGCGCAAGUGAUCCCAAAUAGAAAGCUUCCUCGCCGAGCAUAUCAGAAAGCGCUGUAGUCAAAGAAUAGGGGCAAAUUCCAAAGUCUUUCUUAAAUGUUUUAGUCUGGAAGAACAAGUGCUGACUCGUUUUGAAGAAGAGAAUGGUGGGCAGAUUGUAGUAGCGACUGUGUGUUUACUGGAGACGUCGCGUCACGGUUUGUUAGAAACAGAACUGCUUCAGAUGCUGGCUGAGGAAUCCAUGCUUACCCCUCCCCCCUACGUUGAGGGUGAAUCUGAUCAGAUAACAGUGACAAAGGCUGAGACUACAGAAGCAGGUAACCUUGCGACUUCCCCAAAAGUUUUCGUUUGUAGUUGAUUUUAGACUUGAUUGACUUGAUUGUAGACUUUUAACUCCUUUUCUCCCUAAAAGUGCUGACGCAACAGAAAAACAUAACCUUAUUUGGUGGUAAACUCUCCCCGUGUAAAGUAAUCCAAAACAGUCUUGGAUUCUGGAUUCCAGCUGUGGAUUCCGGAUUCGAAGUGCUGGAGUCUGUGUCAGUGGACCUCGGAUUCCGGAUUCCAAUCGUUUGCGGGAUUCUGGAUUUUUGAGCUGAAUUCCGGAUUCUAGGAUUCUAAAGCCCAGGAUUCCAGUUUCCACAAGCAAAAAUUUCCCGGAUUCUGGAAUCCGGAUUAACUUAAACAGGGUGACUGUUCACCACAUGUUUUGUAGUAAAUGCGUAUUGACUGUCGAACAACGACACGUUUGUUCGGUAUAGAUACAGUAUAUACGGACAAAUUUUUCAUCGUUAUUUUGACUCGAAGAAUAAGAUGAUUCAUUUUAACUAUGUUACAGCUUCAUUCUCACUCGAAAUAUGUAACCAAUAUCUUACUUUUAGCGCCAAAACAUGGCCACGUAACGGCCUGUCGAACGUCACUCAUUUCAUGGUGUCUCGUUAUCCGGUCACGCUUUGUAGAUGCAAAGGACGGUUAGGGUAUAGAAAUGUCUUUUUUGUAGGUUUUUGAUCAUUAUGCCAUUUUUAUUAUUCCAGCUCCAGACAAGCUGACAGUAGCAGACAAGCUUUCAAAACAAGUGGAUGAAACGUAUGUACAGAAAGACGGCGACGACGACGAAGAAGAACGGAAGAAGACUGUAGGCGGAAGUAAAAAGAAAAGAAAAGAAAAAAAAUUUGUCCCAGCAGCCAAAUGGGCCUUGGUUUAUCGCGCACUGAAGCCACUUCUGCGACCGUGUGGAGACUUGGGCGAGGGUCGCCUUGACUUCUACCACAGAUCUAUUAGUAAAGCUGUGAGAAGAAAGUAAGUUUUCUAUUUUUUACUUAUCACUGGGUUUUCCUGAUACCAUAGAAACCAUCCAGGAUACUAUAAAAAGUGAAAUUUUAUUUUAAAACCUUAGCUUUUCCAGCCAGUUGACAGGCACUCCACUUAGGUAAUUAGAAACAAAGUUUUCAAAUAGAAAAUAACAGGAGGCAACCAGGAGGAGGCAAUUUACAAUCACGGCCUAGAAUUUGAAUCCGGAAUAACAGGGCAAAAAUUAUCUUAUCUAGAUGGCGAUCAAGGGCUGGAACAGAACCUGGGACUGUCGCCUUUAUUGGCCACUUUAGCAACGAGAGUUAACUUUUGCAAAGACUUCUGGGAUUGUUUGAAAGGACAAGAAAUGAUUGGCCAAUAGCUAACCGAUGCAUCCCUAGUAACAAUCCCACAAACAACUGCGGGACGCAUUUCGGCUCCAGUUUACUUCUCGCGUCUAUGAAGUGCCGACUUGCGUGUCCGAAGCGCUUCCGAUGGAGCCGACAAAUACUCAGUUGGUGUCUUAAAAUUUAAGUGGUGUUCAUGAAUCCGAGAACCGUCAAGAUCAGGAUUACAUUUCAUGAGGCUGAACAGUUAGUGAAUCAUAAGGUCACACGCAAUUGUUGUUUAAAGUUCCUCCCUCAAGUUGUUAGCUUUUGUUUUAUUUUUUGCUAGUACAGAUGGGCUACACAAGUAUUGUAUUGUCCUGCCUUCCACAGCUAUAUCUGGUUUAAAUCAUGCCUCAAACGCAGUCUAUUCUUCCUGUCGUUGUUGCAGUCGACCCUAAGGCCAAAUGUUUCAUUUUUACUUUUCCAAGGUAUUUCACGGGAUCCGAAGGUUACGUGAAACAUCAGUAUACAUUCUGGCAUGGACAGCAUGCUGAGUUCUUUGAAGGAAGCGAAGAUUACGAUCGAAAGUCGGAGGUAGGUAGUAAGAAUAUUUAUCAGAUCUUGCACUUGUUUCCGAAUGAAUUCACUUGUUCGACGUAUACAAACAAACAAACAAACAAAAGGCAAUUUUCAGGACCUUGUAAAUUCUAAGGAAGAUAUCCUUUACUCAUUGCUUGCGUCUGAAUCGUCAGUUGAGAAUUGGCGAUCUCAACAAACUAAAAGUAGAGAGAGAAAAAUUUUAACUAGGAGCGGCCCCUUGUGGGGUAGAGGGGAACAUAAAAUGUAUUUCCGAUUCCGCUGGAAUCGCGCUGAAACGGCCGAAAAGGCUAACAACACACCAUAAAUAAUACAGGGAGACAAGGUAAGAAGUUUUGAUGUAUCCGUAUUGCUAUUUUGACUCAAAAAUAACGGUCGCUAGUAUCCCUAUACAAACCCUUAUAAUAGUUCUGUUAUGCAACAACGAUUCUCACUUUUGAGCUUCGGGUACCUGUUCUUUACUUAACAGAACUUUUGCAAUUUUGAGGUUGAUUUUCUGUGUUCGCACGUUUCCUUCUUAUUAGGAACUGCCAUAUCAUCUUGAACAGCUGUUGGAUAACAACAGAUUAACACGAUGCUUGCUGGAAUGGGAAGUAUUUGAACGGUUAUUUUCCGAAGACUUCAGUAUCGAUCUACUCAGAUCAUGGCAAAAGGUAAACGAGGGAUUACCUCAAAACUUUUACAUUUUAUCCUUCACCGUUCUUUUGCGUUUUAACUAUGGAUGUUUCCAGGUCGUGCAUUACGUGACGAAUUUUUUGUGUUGUGUGACAGGCUGGUGGAUAUGCUACCGCUUCUGCUCUUUAUAAGGAGGCGUUACAAGUAUUGCGUGACUCAGAGGCAUCGCUUGAGGAAGUUGCCAAGAGAACGGAGAUGGUAGUCAUGUUUCUGUAAGUAUUUUUAAUACAGUAAAAAUAUUGACACCUGUAUUUGUCGUGGUUAUCCUCACUCGAAAUGGCUAACAAUCGAAAUGAUAGAUGUCAUUUGUUAUUUUGGCGCUAAAUCCCUAAGUAUAAAUGUCUGGUGUGCCUGUGUCUUUUCAGAAUUCAGGCUGGACAGUACAAUGAUGCACAUGAGAUGUUGAAUGACCUUCUCAAGUUAGAAGAGGAAAGUCUGGGAGCUAGAACCGAUAAACUAGCCGACAUUUAUCAACUUAUGUCCAAAACCAAGAGCGAGGUAACGGCACUCACCUUAAGUUUAUUUUUUCUCUCUUUCCUCUCUGGGAAAAUCUUUCUAUACCAGUCAGUCGGUCAGUGUAAAUCUCCAGCACCCUCCUCCCCUCCCCCCAACCCAGGCUAUGCAGGGACUUAAGCGGGCACAAGGCCAAUGUGUGACGAUCAACAGUGCACCGGUACAAGGGGUCUUGGGUGAGAUUUGCUUCUUCGGUAUCCAGACCGGGAAAUUUCUUUUAAAAGCAGAUAGCUAAGAUCACAGUAGUUAUGGAAAAUGAUUUCAGACAUAUGUUAUAAAACGGACAACAAACUCAACGGAAAUAUACAGACGUAAAUAAAAUUGUCUGUUAGAUAAGUAAGGUGCUAUAAAAUUACACAUGUUUUUCGACCACUAAAUAUAGACUGUACCGACGAGCCGUUUUUCGUCCGCUUCAAAGAAGACAUGGCACCUUAUUCCAGGCCAAAAAGACAACUUUAAGACCUAAUUCUCCUGUUGUAAUAGCUAACAAAACAAUCAGGUCCGACCCUUUGGUGCAAGGGAUAUAACUAUGGUUUCCCUUUAGGUCUUAAAGCAGUGGUCUUCUUAAUGUUUUUUUCUGACUCGCGUAGCGCAUGGGAACUGAUGCGGACUGAUUUGUUGACUGUAGGUUGUAAAGAAUUACAAUUUUGUUACAAUGGAUCAGCUGGAGCAAGACAGGGAAAUCGUGGAAUUUUGUAAAAAGUCCCUGAGUUAUCGUAAACAGCUAAGUGGAGAAGAACACGAGGUAAGGUGAAAAAUGAUUUAAACUUACAAAAUAAUGUUAGAACUACUUUGUGAAGACUGAUCUCUUAAUUAAGCAUUUCAUCCUUAUCUCGAAAGUUAGAACCACCUUCAUUGGAAACCAUGACCUUAAUAUCAACCCUUUCAGUGUUAAAGGAAGCUAAAAUUCAAAAUUUCAGAUUGUAAAAUGCUGAAAAACAAGUAGCACCAUGUGAAAGUAUUGUCAAAGAAGCUUCAUUUGAAUUGUUACCCCAGAGCAUGGAUAAUUCUAUUAUCCAUGCCCAGAGAUAUUUGUCCAUAGACUAAAAGUUUAGGAAAUGGUUAAAAGCGCUACCAUAGCAGGCUCUUGUACAGGAAAGAAGACGGCAAAUCUUGUGUGACAAGCGUGACAAUAAUUUUGUGUGAAAAAAACUUUCUGCCAAACUCCCCGCGAAAUGACGUUUGAGAAAAGAGUGCAGAAAUUGCAUACUGAUGACGUUUCACCACCCAGAUCUGGUUUGUGCUUCUGAUUGGUUGAAGCAGAUUUCCCUUGGGGCAAAACCUUCAGAAGCACUACCGAGAUCGAGGUAGUUACACGUCAUCAGUAGAGAGAUUAAGAUUCACGUUUACGCCGAACGGCAAGGGUGAAUUUGUACCACGUGACCAAGUUUUCCCUUAAUUGUUGUUAACUGUUUAUUACUUCAACUAACAAAAAUAAGUAGUUUCACGCCAGUUUUAUACAUAAGCUCUAUAGUUUCUUUUAGGCCUCCUCGCCAUUUCUUCUUACAUUUUUUUGGCAUCUUUUUGUGAUUAUUGUAAUCGUGUGGCAAAUAAAUAAAUACAAAUACAAUACAAAUACAAAUACAUGAGAACUGUUCUGAACAGUUUUUAUAUGCUUAUUUUCUAUUCUGAGAAAUUCUCAACUUGAAUCUGACGUUUGCCUUCAUCUCUCUAGUAUGGAAUUUCUGCGCGCGUUCCCCAGGUACCAUUUUGCGGGGAAACCAGUGGUUGUGUUACAAAAUGACGGCUGGUUUCUUAGACUAAAAUUGCCAGGAAAUGAGAAAUCGCUUUCUCACUUUAGUUGACAAUAAUAUUGUGGCAAAACGGGUUUAUUCCAUUUGAACUUUGACUUAUUUAUUGAACUAUUUCUUGCAGCACAAAACAGCAAUGAUUGACAUACUCAUCGCACAUCAUCUCAGCAUUGUGGCGGAUUUAGAGCAGGAAGGCGCUGAACAAACACGGAGAGACUGUUUUAAGUACAUAGAUGAAGCAAUCGACAUCUUUAUGAGGGUAAAUUUCACAGAAACGUCACAACCUUUGCAGCCUAGGGUCAAUUAAAUAAAACUUUUACAAGUGUAAUUUACAGGUGUAGCCAUUGUUUUGGAGUCUGAAAAAAACGUCACUUAUGAAUUACACUUGUAAAAGUUUUAUUAAAUUGACCCCUGGUAGCCUGGUAACACGGAUGUUGUUUUGACUCUCUUUGGGGAGGAUUGCGUGACAACCAAACGAUCGUCUAAGUACUGCGGGAGGUUAGCAUCGUGACCGACUCUGGAAAAAUCGCCUUGCGGCCAAAAAUAUAUCCGGAUUAUCUCCAAAAAAAUUCUCAAAAUCUCAAAAUUUUACCGAAAAACCCCAAUCUUUUGACCAAAAUAUCAAAGUUUUAAAGAACAUUGUAAGUUAAAACAGGCUGCCUCCAUAACAAUUAUUGCGGAUAACGUACGUCCAGCAUGACUAGCGUCUUUUUUCCGGUAACUUACGGCCAAAAACAUUGUGGGAAAGAUAAAUUGAAUGGUAAAACCAGUGUUCAGUUCCUUAAUUUAACAGCUCCAGCAAAAGUAUUGUUUAUCUAAUUAUUCCAGUCUCUAAACGUUUUUUUUACGCAUUCUACACAUUUGUUUAGCUCUAAAAGUUGCUAAAUUCAUCUUAAAAUUUCCAGACGUUCUAAAAAUCUAAAAAAAUACGGAUUUCUCUAGCUAAGCGUACUGACUCUCAAACUUGCAACUCGGCGGUCCCCCGGCGGUCCUGGGUUUGAGUCCCAAAUUCGUUUGUCAGAACGGUAUUCCCAGGUUCAAUUGUUCUUUUAUGUUUUCUGAUUCUCUGAGUUUGCGGACUUAAUAAAAAAUGAUUUUGUUUGUCGUCUAGCACGGUGACAUGGGACAUAUGGCAGAAGCGAUUAUGACCAAAUCGUUUAUAAACCCACGUGCAAGAAAGUACUUCAAAGAAAAAGAAGAGGUAUGUUCUUUUUUAGUGAUCUGCGUUUUGGAAAACUAUUCCAAAGAGUGAGUUUGACUUAUCAAAAUGCCAAAAUAUGAAUGAUUCUCCUGAGAAAGGGAGAGACUUAAAACAUUCAAUUUUUUUUUCAUCAAGGCUCUGUCCAAACGUCUGUUAACGCAAACAAAAUGUUGUCGAAUUGAAAGGACGAGAACCUUUUAAGCAUAGUUUUGUACGCGUCAGAACAAAUAAUUUAGCCCCUUCCACACAAAUGCGCAGAUUUUUGAAACCGCAUUUCUUUUUUUACGUAUUCGUUUGGACGGUGCUUAAAUCACGUCUCUGGAGAGCGGUUUCAAAAAGGUGCGGAUAUGUGAAUCAGCUCCCCGAAACUGAAAGACGCGGAUUUGUGAAUUCGCCCACCGAAACCACAUCUUUCAAAGCGCUCUGUAAAGUGGUUUAGGGUCCUGUGCCGACGAAGCCAGGGAACAAAAUACUUGGUUUCAAAAAUGUCCGGAUUAUUGUGGAGGGGGCUGAAGUGUCGGGAUGCUGGACACGUAGUUUUAUUUGCAUUUUAUAUCCCUUUAUGGACGUUAUAAAUUCAUUGCUAAGCCUAUAGUUGACCUACAACUCGUGUUUAUUCAUUGUUCUUGCCUUGUUUUGCGCAGAUGUUGAACAGAUCAUUUGAGCUGUGUUUAAAAACUUACGGUGAGAAGCACAUGUUGAUGUUAAGGCUCUACCUGAAUAUUGGAAUCCUUUAUGAAGACAACAGGGAUUACCAGAAAGCUUAUGAUUACUUCGUGAAGUGGCACGAGACUUGUCAAGAGGUGGGUGCUGUUUGUCUAGACUUUAAAAUAGCUUCAAGAGAUAGGAAAGGUAAACAUGUUUGAUGUGCUGUAAUCACUGUAUUGUUGCUUGCUAAUACAACCGCCUUCAUUGCUUCUCGCCGGUGGGACGUUUCGCGAAACGGCCCCAGAGUUAAGGAGCGAUGAGAAGUGUAUUCUUUCUUGAACAUGUUGUAAUUUAUGAAGUUGUUCUUUCCUGUUUAAAUGUUAGCGAAAAACAACCAAACAAACAAAAGACGGUCUCUGACAAGGGCCAUGCUAUUUCUCUUGUUUAAGUUUAUGCUUAUACCAUUCAGUUGCGAAUAGUCAAGAAGGUAACAACCAACACAAACAAAACUAAACUAAAAAUGAAUAAAAGAGAAGGAAGAAGAAAACGAAAUGAAAGAUUAGACUAGACAAUAAAAAGUCAUACGGUUCUUUUCACAGUGAAAGCCAGUUGUUAUAUCGCAGUCAGGUGUAGACAGUGUUCAGGCCAAGUCGUGUUAGACUAUACCCACUUCUACCCUUCUAACUGCUCGGUGCUUAAUCAGUGACUGGAACCUUAUUGUCUUUCGUUCUUCAGGUACUUGGCCCUUCGCAUCCCAAAACAGGACGUGCCCGCGACACUUUGAAUGAACCUAUGUAUGUGCGCAUCCGCGAACAGAGAGAACGACAAGCCGCUGGUACGGCUUGAGCCUUCAGACCGCGGCGAGUGAUGCGAGCGUACAACUAUUUUACUCGAAUGCACGCACAUGUUGGAAUAGAAAUCAUCAUUAACUACAACAUUUAAGAAAAAAUGUUCUGUUACAUACGUGUCUUUUUUGGGGGCCACACAGUUUUAAAGCCCUUAGCGGUCGUAGGUUAAUAGCUCACUUACAGGUCAUGAAGUGUAUCCAUUCGGCAAGUGGAUUGUAUAAAAUAGGUUUGUAAGAUCAAACGUUCAUUCCCUUUUGAAGGCUUCUGAAAUCCAGAAAUAAUAGUGCAACGUCUAGCUUCUUUCAAAGACGUAUCUAAUACGAUUUGCCGCUCAGAAGUUCUGGCGGGCUGGGUUCGAACUGUCCGCGAGGGUCGUUUGUCACUGGUUGAUGGUUUCUAAGGCAACUAUAAAGCAAUCAUCAUUUAUGAUGGAAACCAAAACUUUCCCAGCCUCCCAAAUGUUCCGACAGGCAAAUAACACAAACAAAAUCUUUUGGGUCGAUGCAGAAAUCUGAGUUUCGCUGUAAACGUCUUCAGUUCUAGUUUCAUAAGUUUUACUCUCCUUUCAGUGGAAAAAUUAACACUACAUUCCUGCUUGUGAAGCGGUGCGCCAUUGUAGCAUUGUAACAUUUCUAUCACAUUCGAUGACCGUUGUUGUUUCUCGUGCUUUUUCAAAAUGUUUAGACUCUACUGAGCUCGUUUUACCUCUCUUUGUUUACAGUAAAACUCUCUUUUAAAUGAACAUUCCAGCAACAACAUUCCAGGCUAAUACAUCAUCAGUUAACUGUCCCUGACUUCGUCACUCACUUGGCCGCCGCGGCCUAAAAGGCUCGCUCCUCCGCUAAGAAACUCGUGAGGUCGACUUGUAGCAAGUCUAACUUUUCUUGAUCGCUCUAUAAGAUUGGAAAUCUCGCUAAGGCGCGCAGUUAUCUGUGGAUUUUGAUAAGGCUUUCCAUUCACUUUGGAAAAGUUAUGAUAACUCGAAUAGCUGUCAUUUUAGGACGGCCUUGCUUCUCUCAUUUUUAUUUGUUCUGUUGGACUACUAAGUCUUGUCUUAGACUACUUAAUGCAUAACCUUUAAAGAAGGUGUAUGGGGGAUUAGGUCUUAUUUCCUCACGUUCUUAGCACAUAAGUAUUCGAGGAAGGUAAAUAAAACAAUUAUUUCACCAUGUGCUGUCGAAUUGUUAAUACUAGGUUCUGAUAGUAGUAUUCGCCCUUCAUAACAGGGAGGUGAGGACCAACAAUUUUACUUGCAUUUACGCUAGAGGUUUUUUCCGGAUUUGUGACGAACAGUCCGGAACAUUUUGGAUACAGGAUUCGUUUUGCCUUUACACGAAGAUGGCUGAAUCCGAAAUUAAAAUGUCUCGAUUUGGCCGCGUGUU